AUGAAGUUCACCUCGAUCCUCAUCAGCUUCUUCGCUGCCGCCGUCAUGGCCGCACCAGCAACCAGCGACAACUCGGCCGUCCUCGAGGCCCGCCAGCCACCUGACGGCCUUUCAUGCGCCAGUGCCACUGGCACCUGUCGAGGCGGGAAGUGUAUCGUCAAGGGCAAAGAGGUCAAGGAUGACAGAUGCACAUCGAACAAUGGGCACCGUUAA